AUGAAUACACACUUUAAAAAGAAAGCUAAAAGGAAAUGGACGUGGCAAUCACCAGAUGGACACACGCUUAAUGAAAUAGAUUACAUUAUAUCUAAAACGAGCGACAUCUGUUCCGUACAGAAUAGCGAAGUCAACAAAACCUCACACCCAACCGAUCAUAGAAUGGUACGAGCAACACUUUCCAUCUGUAAAACGGAACCGAAAUCAAGAAAAACAUAUAGAAACAGGCAAUCAGGAUACUUACCUAUUGAGUGUGAUCAUUUGAAAAAUUCUUUUAUAGACUUAUUAAAACCUUCUGAAAAUACUAAUGACAUACAACAAACUUAUACGAGUCUGAUCCACACAAUCCAGAAAAACGUUAGUAUGCUGCCAAAGGCUGACAAAACCAGGGCACAAUGGGCAAUAACAGAAGAUAUAAAAAAGUUGAUAACAGAAAAGACCAAGCUUGAAGAAAAAUCAAUAAAAACACAAUAUUAUAAGAAACGACUAAAGAACUUGUACAAAAAAAUCAGGAAACGAAUAAAAACAAACAAAGAAAACUACAAACUACAAAUUUUCGAAGAAGAAUUAGAAAGACGGAGUUCUGUAAAACGAGGAAACAAACGAUUAAACAGCUCCAAAGAGUGUAAACUGACUGUGCAAGAAUGUGAAAUACGACAGGCUAUUCAAUCUUUAAAACCAAUGAAAAGCCCAGGAGAAGACUUUAUAACAAAUGAAACCAUGAAAGUUAUUAUAGAGCCUAUAACACCCAUGUUAACUCGACUAUUUAACGAUAUUAUGAAUCAAGGGAAAAUACCUGAAGAAUGA